UUUCGUCCUCUCUUUUCUUCUUCAUCCACCCAGGUGGUCCUUUCUUCUUCGUGCUUGCUCACCGGCUCGUUCAUUUUUUGUUCUGUUCAUUUUCUACAGUGCGAGCCACGUAGACGUUGACCGUCCUUUCUCCUUCACACUCUCUAUUCCACCCCGUCUUUUCAAUCCACUUUCCGAUCAUCCACUUCGACCCUCUCUGGAAGAGUAAUACCCGCACCACGUACGCCCACACGCACGCUCAAUCGAGAGUCGUUCAGUCCCAGUCGAGCUCUUCACGCUAGCCUCACUCCGACUCAAUACCCGACUCGAGACCCAACACUAACUCCAAGCACGAAAAGAGAACAACCAAGCAGAAACGAUGCUCGGCUCAAAGUACCUCGCAGGCACCUACGCCUUCUUCUCGCUCUGUCUCCUCGCCUCGGGCGUCAUCGCCGUCGUCUUCUCACAGGUCUUCCAUAAGACGGAUGUAUUGCUCAAUAUGGUCUUCAGCUCGUCUGCGCUUACCGGCGGCCUCGUUCUCGGCGUCGGCCUCCUCAUCACCUGGCUCCUCUCCGUCUUCGCCAUCGUCCAGCGCAACCACGUCACCAUCGGCCUCGUCUGCCUCAACUGGGUCCUCAUCAUCGACGCCUGCAUCGUCUUCGUCGUCGGCACCGCUAUCUGGUUCUGGUCGCUCAGGCAGAGGAACGAGUUUCAUACGGUUUAUGAGCAGUUGCCGGCCGCUUCGAGGAUAUAUAUUCAGGAUAAGUUCUCCUGCUGCGGCUACUUCGCGGCGAACGACACGCUCGAGGUCGGCGGGACGUUCUGCACCUCGCAGGAUUUCGCGAACUCGCUCCCGACGAACAACACGGCGAAUUUCUGUGUGACGCCUGUUACGACGUUCACGGACUAUGCGCUUGAGAAUACGUUUACCUCCAUCUACGGCUUCAUGGCGGUCGUCAUCCUCCUCUUCAUGGCCUCGCUUUGUGUCAUCAAGGAGAGGAACGAGAUCGAGCGGUUCAAGAAGAUCGACGCGAAGCGUGGGGGCAGGGGCUUCGUUUAAGCGAGGAUACACAGUUUUGUAUUCUGUCGUUACUGCUUAGUCCGAUCGUCCUCGGUGCAUUUAUGGAAGUUAGAGCCCUUAGAACGCAAUUCUUGUCCCCUCGUCCUCCUGUCGUCCUCGUCCGUCAGUUAUUUAAGCGUUCUCAAGUCCAUUAAUUCAUCCCUUCGUAGUGCGUAUGUACAGCCUAACCCCUGUCUGUAUCUGUGUCCAUGCCGUCCUUUCGUUCUUGUGCAUUCGAAGUACCUACUCACUCAUUUACCUGCCUGCUGUGGUAGAGUACUUGCUUGGGACUCUGCUUUUUGUUCUUUCAUUCUUCUUUCGAUACACCGUCUUUGUCUUCGGUUUGGGCCUGUUUGUUCGUUUGUUCGUUUGUGUCUUUACCAUCGUCGCCGCUCCACUCCAUUUGCUCCGUUUUCGUCUUUGUCUGGUCUUGGUCUUGGUCUUUGGAUUUUACUUUCUUGUUUCGUCGCUGAGAGUGGAAUUGUGAGUGUGGGUGUGUCGAUUACAGUAAAUAACUGGUUGGGUGUUGAGUGUUGGGUAUUUACUCCUUCUGUCCGUUCUUUGCUUUGCAUUUGAAUUGUGGAAUCGGAAUUGGAAUUGGAAUCGUGUAUGAUGGGUUACAGUUGGAGGGGGUAUUUUUGAAGAUAGAGAGUGC